UACGGAAGAGCAACUGUUGAAAGUGUACAGGGUUUGAUGGAUGAGCAAGGGAUUUUUUGUAUGUUCUUGAAAUAAAUAUUCUAGCUACAUUUUCUUUCUCAACAACGUCGGUUUAUUUAACGAAGUAGACAUGCCUUUAUUUGCGCAGAAUCCAUUCGACCAAGAUGUUGAGAAAGCCACCAAUGAAACCAAUACAGUGGAGGACUGGGCCCUGAUUAUGGAUAUCUGUGACAGAGUUGGACAGACACCCAAUGGAGCCAAGGACUGCCUGAGGUCUGUGAUGAAGCGAGUCAACCACAAGGUCCCACACGUCGCCAUGCAGGCCCUCACCUUGCUGGCUGCCUGUGUCAAUAACAGUGGAAGAAUAUUUCACUUAGAAAUCUGCUCGCGGGAGUUUGCCACUGACGUCCGAACUGUGUUGAGCAGGGCCCACCCCAAGGUGUGUGACAAGAUGAAGGGGAUGAUGGUGGAGUGGUGUGAUGGGUUCCAGAAAGAUCCACAGCUCAGUCUGAUCAGUGCCACCAUCAAGUCUCUGAGAGAGGAAGGGGUUGUCUUUCCAUCCUCUGGGUCACAGGGGUCCAGCCUAAAGGGCACCACUCCUGCUGUUAGUAAACCAUCUGACAAUGACGACCUGGCCAAAGCCAUCGAGCUGUCCCUGCAGGAGCAGAAGCAGUGUGCGGAGACACGACCCCUCACCGUGACCGCCGACCCCCCCUUCAACACUAACGGGGGCGGCAGUAGCAGGGACUCCCGGAAGGUGCGGGCGCUCUACGACUUUGAGGCGGCCGAGGACAACGAGCUCACCUUCAAGACCGGGGAGCUCAUUCUCGUCCUGGACGACAGUGACCCAAACUGGUGGAAAGGAGAGAACCACAGAGGAGUAGGUCUCUUCCCGUCCAACUUCGUCACGACCAACCUCAAUGCUGAGCCUGAACUAGUAACGUAUGUGGAGAAGACGCCAGCCCCGGAGGAGCCCAGCAUAGAAGCCAAUGUAGAGCCUGAGCCUGUCUUCAUAGAUGAGGAAAAGAUGGAUAGAGCGCUCUAUCUUCUCCAGAAUACAGACCCUGCUGAUGCAGCACCUGACUGCCAAGAACUGGUCCAGCUGGAGGGUGCUUGUGAGCAGAUGAAUCCAAUGAUUGAUGACAAGCUGGAAGACAUUGACAGGCAACACUCUGAGCUAUCUGAGCUGAAUGUGAAGGUGCUGGAGGCCUUGGAACUCUACAACAAACUGAUGAACGAGGCACCAUUCUACACAGCCUACUCCAAACUGCAGUCCCAGCAGCAACCACAGCAGCACCAAUACACACCUGCCUCCCAAGUCCCCAUGCAGGGUUACCCAGGUCAGCCUGGUGGUUCCUACAUGCCUCCAGGGAUGCCCCAGGGCCCCCCAGCCCAGCAGGCCUACAUGGGCUCUGACCAGCCCGGACCCCUCCACUCACUCCCCCCUAACGUCACAUCUCCCAACAGUCAGCCAUCACAGCUUCCUUACAGUGUACCAUAUGCACCUGCCGGAUACCCUCCACAGAUGGGUGUGGCCCCACAGAUGGACAUGUCAGCCUACCAGAAUGCCAACCUGCCUCCAGCCUCCUAUCAAAUGGCUGCUCCAUUGCAGCAGGCCCCACAGCAGCAACAGGCCUACUAUCAGCAGCCUCUCCUGUAAAGGCAGACCGUGCAGCAGCAUAUCCCCAUCAACAGACACAGUACAAUGACACAAUCAUCUCCCCCCCACCCCCUCUUUUGUCCUUUAUGAAAAAAUAAUGGCAAUGGUAUGAGGUAUGCUUGUGUCCGAAAUGGCACCCUAUUCCCUAUGUAGUGCUCUACUUUUGACCAGGACCCAUAGGGCUCUGGUCAAAAGUAGCACACUAUAUGGGGAAUAGGGUGUGAUUUGGGACAUAGGCCUAGAUUGUCACAAAGGUCAGUGGCUGUCUGAGACGAGGUGUGGAGACCCACCGGAGGGAGACCAAAUGCCAACCUACCACCCACCCAGCACGGCCUGUUUGGAAGGGAUGACUGUCUUGGUUUGCCUCUUUAAAACAGUUAAUGGGGCAGCUCAUCAGCUGAUCCUUUCCAAACUGCUUCAUUCAUGUUGUGUGUAUUUGUACUUCUUCAGAGUUAUCUUUUGUUUGUUUGUUUUUUAAUCAUCUAUUUUUAAAUGUUUGUUUUUCUGUUCACCGUCUGGUUUGGUGUCUGGCUGUCUGUCUGUCUGUCUGUCUGGGAGAUCAGUCCAAAUGAAGGAGCCCAUUGAUGGCCAGGACAAGGAUCCGAGUCAAUCCAUUUACAUUCAGUCAAUUUAAAUGGAAUUGACCCCAACCCUGACCAGGACUUUUCUAUCCCCCUCUCUCUAACACCAUCAUCCGCUUUAGUUGACCCUUCUUGGGGCCAAAGGUUAUGGAGUUCUCUAGGUAUAAGUAUUUGUGUGCUAUAAUCAGCACCAUUUUUAUUAGAUACUAUGAUACAGUUAAAGGGAUUAGUUUCCCAUACACUGCCUGCCUUGCAACGCUCUCUUUGGGUGUUUAACACGUUCUAGGAGUACAUGUUUUAUCAUUUUCAUUUGUGUGCAACUUCGAGGUGAUUUUGUUAUGAAAUUAACUGAAGUCAUUGUUAAAUACAUUUAGAAUUGUGACCAUGCAGCCUUUCCAAAUUACUGCUAUUGUAGGGUCAAUGCAAAUUUUCAUACACAAAUCACUUUUUUAGUAGUGCAAAUGUAAUCUAGCCUGGGUGCCUGUCUGUUUCUACUCUAUUGCCAACUCCUUAUGGAAUUUGUCAUGUAUGCCUUGACAAUGACAACAAUGCAGUUGGCAAGACAGCACAAACAGAUCUGGGACCAGGCUAAAUGGAAUCUUCGGAUGAUAACAAUAUGGUUGUUGAUUAACACAACAUUCAUGUGCCAAGGCUCUUGGCAACUUCGUAGAUGCCCUAUAUACCUUGAGGAACAAGCUGUAAUCGCAAGCUAUAAGAGAUUGAUUGGGAAAUGAGCCAAGUCCUAGCUAUAUCUUUCUAUGGUCCUUCUUCAUUCACUCUUCUGUUUAAAAGGCUUUUGACCAUAGACGUUUGUAAUUAUUAAAUUAAUAUCUGUCUGCUUUUCAUGUUUCUGGGCUGUAGGAAGUCACGUUUUCAUUUAAAUAUUUUUAUGGAAAUAAUGGGCAUCUUUGGUAUGGCUCUCUUCUCUGCAUUUUGACCUUUAAUUAGAAAUUGUAAAUUACAUUAAUUGUAUAUUAUUAUAUCUAUCUCUGGAUUAUAUCCAUAUGAUCAGAUAUUCUUUUAUGGUUUAUAAAUGUAAGGUAUUCUUUCCCCUUUAAUGCUUUUUGUUUUUACUUUAUUUGUGGUUUAUCCAAAAUGAAAGCAGAACAAAUGACUACCGUGACCAACAGUUAGAACUGGCUCUUUGGUCUUUAUUGAUAAAAGUGUGAAUUGUACAAAGAUUUAUAGCUAGAGAACUGUUUGGCCAAACAUUUUCAUCUGAACUUAAUGAAACUGUUGGGUGUAACCGAGGACCAGAUUUCUUAGGAUUUUUUCUUUUUUUCCCCUUUAGCUGGAUCAAGUCAACUCUGACUCAAAUAAUAACUACGUACACUUUAUUUUUCUUUACCUGCAUCUGAAAAGGUUUUGUAUAUUAGAUGUAAAAUAUCUUCUGGCAUUGUCUGUAUUGCACCUUAACUUUAUAACAUUUUAUUUACCACUGGAUGCCUUGUUUUCUUUAGAAAUAAAAUAAAAAUGGAAACAUCUUUGGGAAAGGAAUUGACCCUGAAGCUGCUGUAUAUCUAGAACUCUAUAUAUUUAAAAAGAUUCCAGGGAACGUUCCCAUUCAGUACUACCAAUAUUAUAACUGACUCCAUGUUUUGUUACUUCAAGAUUUCUCUUUAUCUUGUGUUAUUAUCAUUGUAAAUCCUUUUGUAACACUGUCAACUCUAAUAUUCUUUAAAAUAAAAUGUACCUGUGUUCAAA